CUUCACAAUCGACCUUUUAUGCGAAUACUGCUAGCAUUCAGUCGCCGUUUUUUCUUCUUUUUCCACUGGCUUUAACAAGUGCUAGCACCUUUACAUUUCCUUAUCUGGUUCCUUGAAAGCACGAAAAAGGAUCCUAUUUCACACUCAGGUCAUGGCCGACUACGGAGAUAUCAUCGGGUCCGACGACUCUGACGCAGGAGAUGAACUCGAAGAGAACGCUGAAGACAUGAGGCGAUAUUGGUACGAACCUCUGUAUUACCCAAUGCGCAUUGGCCAAGUUCUUGACCAAAGAUAUCGCAUCGAACACAAACUUGGUCAUGGAGGCUCUUCUACUGUUUGGAUGGCCCACGAUAGCAAGACACAGACGGACGUUGCUCUGAAGGUCCUUGGUGUUACGGCAAGCCAGACAAAUACUGAGAUUGCCAUGCAUCGUGAGAUUCGCCAGCGCGUCACAGACACAUCCAGGUUCCUGCUUUCUCAACACACCUUCUCACUCUCAGGUCCUAUGGGGACCCAUAGAGUCCUGGUUUUCCCUUUGCAGGGUCCCAAUCUUCAACGUUGUUUCUUCAGCAUGAGUCUUGCCAGCCGUAUGUCCAUAGCAGAACAAGUGCUCAAGGCCUUGGAAAGCUUACACGAUGGCAACAUCGUUCAUCGAGACUUGAGCGAUAAGAACAUCAUUUGUGGCAUGCAGCCGAUGAGUCAUAUCAACACCGCAACAAAGUACCAGUCCCUUGGCCGUCCUAGAAAGACUCUUGUGCAGCCGCACACGAACUGGACUGGGGAGAUUGUGCUGCCAAUGCAGGUGCCGGCCAAUCUUCUGACGGGAUCAGUCUAUUUGGGCGAUUUUGGCAUAUCGAUACGUGCAGGCACCCAAGUCGAAUGCAAGCAGCAAACGCCUAGCUGCUGGUGCGCCCCAGAACGAUUUCACAACGUAAAUCCGACUGCUGCCAGCGAUAUGUGGAGCUUCAUGUGUAUAUUCGCAAAGCUGUAUCUAGGUGCGCUUCCUUGGUCUCCUGACGGUGAGCCCCUGGCAGAGAUGGUUAAGAUCUUCGGUUCACUACCCCAACGUUGGAAGGGCUAUUUUUGUUAUCCACAGAGAGCCAAUUCAUCAUGGUACGAUCCGAGAACAACGCCUGAAACUUCACUCGACGCACUCAUUGCACGCGUUCGCCCUGAUGUCGACUCUACUGAGCGCUCUUACGUAGCACAUGUUCUGAGAAAAGGCUUUGCUUAUGAGCCUAAUGAGCGGAUAACCGCCAGGCAACUUCUACAAGACGCUUAUUUUCAGAACAUCCUAAGACGCUACGUCAAUUAA